AUGCCCGAAGAUCCCUCCUUGCAUUCAGAAUUCCAAAUGUCUUCAAAUGCACCCAUAGAAACCAGUUUCCAAAUGCCUCAAGAGCUUGCAAAGAAUUUGCCUUUCCAAGUGUGUCAGAGUCCCCUAGUGACUCCAAGAAGUCCAAUGCAAUCAAGUCUUUCAGUCAUUAAAAGGGACUUAGGUCAGCAAGAGUCCCAAAGUCCAUCAAGACAAUCAAGACCUAUGGUGCUGUCAGCUGAAUAUGAUGACCAACAAUCCAGCCUUGUGACUCCAAAGAAGCAAAAAAUAUGCACUGUAUACUCCAAAGAACAAAAGCACCUGCUGCAAAAAUAUUUUUCUGAGUGCUCACACCCAAAACAGGAGCAAUGCACGGCACUGGCAUUAUUGAUUGGUAUGAGAGCGAAUGAUAUCCAGAUCUGGUUCAAGAAUUACCGGGCUAUGUCCAAGAGGAAGAAUCUCCAGAAUGUUCCAGUAGCAUUGCCAGAGAUAAACGGAAGCUCCGAAGCUGUUUCUGAGGCAACCCAUUUUCCUGGUUCUUUAUCUGUUGUUGCUUCUGCCAAUAGAGAGUCCAUAUGUUCAGGCACAUUUGGUGAGGAUUCCAUUCCCAAACUCAACUGCAACCAGGAAUCUUCUCGCCAUCGUGACCCGGCUUGUGAUGAUUCCAGGUUUAGUCAGCAAGAAUAUCUGCUUGAUGGCCGUGCCCCUGUUACAGCUGAGGACUCUAGUCAAUCUAUAGCAGUUGAAGUCCAGACUGACCUAGCAGUAGCUGAAGCUCCAGUUGGCCUGGCAGCUGCUGCCCAAGGCCCAAAGGAUGCUCAAGGUUCAGGUCCAUCUGCAGAGGAGCUCUGGCAAAGGAUCCUUGAAGAUUUUUGA